UAUGCCCCACGAUCAAUUCAGCUACUCCGACAGAUAUUAAUGCUAAUCGUGUAGACUCGUGGCAACGGUCGGUAUAUACACUAAUCACGACCCCCCGAACCCCGUACGCCCGCGCCCGGCCGACACCGGGCCCACCCGGCGGGUAUCCAGCACCUCCGUCUAUAUCAACCGCUGAUAGACUUGAUAUCUGAUACACUCUCGACAUCAAUCUCCAGCAAGCAAAUCCUACGUCACAACAUGACCAGAAUCGGCUGGUACGGCCUCGGGUCCAUGGGCCUGGCCAUGGCCAACAACCUGCAACGGCACCUAGCCACCAAAAAUGCCCUGAGCCUGCUCUACAACAACCGCACCAUGGCGCGCGGCGACGCCCUCCAGGCGCUGGGUGGCACGCCCGCGUCCAGCUUUGAGCAGCUGGUCGGCAAGUGCGGCAUCAUCUUCACCAUGAUCUCCAACGACACCGUCCUCCAAAACCUCAUCACCACAGCCCUCCAAUCCGGGCACUCCCUCAAAGACAAAAUCUUCGUCGACUGCUCCACCGUGCACCCGCACACCGUCGGGCUGACCGUCUCCAAGCUCGCCGCGCAACAAGCUUCCUUCGUCGCCGCCCCAGUCUUCGGCGGGAACCCCAUCGCCGUCGACGGCAAGCUGGUCUUCGCGAUGGCGGGGCCCAAGCGUGCUACCGACACCGUGCGUCCUCUGAUUGAUGGCGUUAUGGGCCGGAGGGUGAUUGAGUGUGGGGAGGAUGCGACGCGGUCGUCGCUUUUGAAGAUUGCUGGAAACAUCGUCACAGUAAACCUAAUGGAAGCCGUCGGCGAAGCCCAAGUCUUCGCUGAACGAACAGGCCUAGGAACCGCGCCCAUGGAAGAGCUCAUCGGGGAAGCAUUUGGGCCUGUCGCAGGAGGAUACUCCAAGCGAUUAACAACAGGCGCCUACGCCCCCUCGCUCAGCACGCGCCCCGGCUUCGGCGUCUCGCUCGCCAUCAAAGACGCGAACCACGCGCGCACAAUGGCAAAAGACCACAACGUCGAGUUGCCUGGGCUGGAGAUCGCGCAGGAGAACAUGGAGGCGGCGCGUGACUACGCCGGCGAGUGUCUCGAUAGUAGUGCUAUGUAUGGGGUUCUGCGGCAGAAGGCUGGGAUGGAGUUUUGGAAUGAAAAGAGUAGGGGUGGGAAUGAGCAGUAGAUGGAUUUAUGUAUGGAGCAUCGUUUAUGGUGUGAACUAGAUAUCAAUACAGUGUAGGAUAGAUGAGG